CCUUACCCGAAAAAGGACGCAUCAAGAAAUAUGGAUAAAGUGAUUGAUGUCAUCCUAUUCCUCGCAUGUGGAAAAGGGCUCCUUCUUGCCUGUCAAGCACAUCAAUGAUGUGUAUCACAUGGUGUGAUCUUUUAUAUUGGGCAUGAAUUCCUUUUCAUGGUGGCUCUUUCUUCUCUUUCACAAUACAACUUUUUUCUUUUUUCUUCCUUCUCUCUUUGGAUACCUCUUUUCUUCUUUUUCUCCUUCCCACAUUUUUCUUCCAACUCGUUCCAUUUUUAUUCUGUCCUGCUACAAGAAAGAAACUUGUCCUUUUCUAUCACUGACUCUGGUUGGCUCAUGGCGAUUUGGUACUUUGAGAAUAGUCAGUUUGACAAUGCCUGGAUUCCGUUUGAUCGCGGGAAUCAGAAGAAACUGGAAUUCAUUUAUCGGCAUCACGACCAGCUGCUGUUGAAUAAUUUUAAAGAAGCGAUUGACGACAUUGACAAGGAAGAAGAGGAUCCAACAGCGUCUCAAGCCCUACAAUUUGAUCACAACUGCCUUUCCAUUACUCUUCGCGACUCGCACUUUCAAGAUCCCAUCACCCUGUAUCCAGCCGUGCUCCUGGGCUGCUUACCGGAUAGAGAUAUAUUGAUCUCCAGAGCCGAACAAACCACCACUCAUGCCAAAUAAAUUUAUCAUCACCAAGCUAAUGUCACAUGCACACCCCAAAACCGCUUGUCGAGUUCAGCUGUAAUAACAAGGAAAAAGAAAAAAGAUUCCUCAAGGCAACACCAAAAAAGAAACAAAGAAGAGAAAUAAAUCCUCAUCCCCGUCUC